CUUCCAACCUGACCGAUUCUGUGAUUCUGCAAUACCUUCGUGAAGUGCUUCCCCCCAGCCCAAUCUUUAUACACAGUUUGUUGUGCAGGAACAAAGGUACUCCAUAAUUAAUACUGAAGCAAGUUCCUCAUAAUCCUUGAUCUACUCCCACUUCACCAACACAGAAGCACAAAACGUGUUGGACAUAACCAGCAAGUAUUAUAUGACGGCUGCUUUUUUCUUCUGUCUGGCUUAACACUGAGGACUACUUUGUGGUCUAAGUAUUGGAUUAAGGAACAAGGGAUACUGUUGUAAUGAACUCCAAGGCAUUUUAAAUACUAGCGAUUUUUGUAAACUAUCCCCACAAAAAAUAAUUGUGUGCGUAAUCGAAAAAUAAAUUUUAAAUUAUUUUAUUUCCCUGGAUUUUCCCAUGUGCAUAUCACAUGUACCAGAAGUUAUAUCAAACCUUCACAACAUUUUGUCUAGGCACUUGAUUGUAUCAUUUCAGGUUUAAGUUCUCAAAGCAAAGCAUUUGACCUUAGAGGUUAUUGCAGUGAACAUGUACUGCCUUUUUUAACUGCUAUGGUCACUUCACACCCACAUAACAACCUGCAGUUCAUUUCUGAUGCUUCAUAUUUCUGCCAAGGGAAGUGAUAAUUGCUUUCAUUUAUUUUGGAUUAAUCCAUUGCCUCAUUACUUCAGAAAAGUCAUCUUAUAAUUGCAACCAUAAAGUCUGCGAAGAACCACAAACAAGUAUUUGCUAGUGGAAUACUCUGUGGCAAACUUCAAAUCUUUCCAGAAUAGUGAUUUUUGUUAAAUAUUGUGUUUUUUAAAAAAGAAUUCCAUAAUGGAAUUAUUAUACAGCCCUUCUGUCCUGAAACUAAAUAAGAAUUCCCCUGAAAAUCAAAUACAGUAGAGAGCACUGGUCAAGCUAUCACUGUCUUCUGUAUUAAACUCAGCUAGGUUUCAUGUUUUAUAGUCAACAUCGGGUUCAACAAUAACAAUCUGUUCUUUCUACCAUAACAUUAGGAUCAUUACAAGGUGUCUGCUAUAUUGCUCUAUAUUGCCCCUGGAAUUCUGUAUAAGUACAGUGCAGCUGUGAGCCAUCAGACAUUUCAUCAGGUAUUAAACUAAAGAUAACUUAUUCUUUCAGAUAAGGUAGGUUGCUGACAUUGGUUUAACAGGAGCUCUCACAGAAACUUCUCCUCUUGCUUCCCACCAAGCACAGAUGCUGUGUACUUUGCAUGUUGAAUGGAAAGGAUGAUGGGUAAACUCAGUGCUUUUAUUUUAAUUUCUGACUUGUUUCCCAAAACCUUGGAGACAAAAUGUACUUAAGAUAUCCUCCACCAUGUAGUAAAGCCACUGUCUUUUACACUGGUGAUCUUGGCCUGAAACUGCAAGCAUUCAGUCAUACUAAAACCCUUGCUCCCCAAGACAUCAUCUCAUGUCACCCGGCUUCCUUCUUAACAAAGAUAAUCAGCACACCUCCGUAGACCCUGUACAGAACAGAGUUACGUAACUUUUAGCACAUGACGUUCAUUAAAAUGAAGUGCAAAAGGAAAGGGAAGAAACGUCUGAUAGAGGGGGAAAAAACCCAACCUGUUUCAAGACUGCUUUCAGUUCAGCCGCUGCCCGCUCAGCCCACGGCGCCAGCGCCGCACUUGCACCGACAGGCGGGCUGGGCUGGGCCGGGCCGGGUCGAACUGGGCCGUGCUGGGGCGAGCUGGGCUGGGCUGGGCUGGGCCGGGCCGGGCUGGGAGCCCGGGGGCCGCGCCGGGACCCCGCUGGCAGCGGCUGAGAGAGUCACAGAGUGGGGCAGGCUAGAAAGGCACGAAGUCAUUUGGUUCAACCUGUCUGCAGAAUCAUCCGGGAGCACGUGGCACAGGCUUGUCUCUAGACAGCUCUGGAGUAGCUCCCGUGAGGGAGAGUCCACCUCCCUGGGCAAUCUGUUCCAGUGCACGGUCACCUGCACGGUAAAAAGUUCUCCCCCGUGUUCAGGUGGAACUUCCUGUUCUACAGUUUGUGCUCAUUGCCUUUUGUCCUACUGCUGGGCACCACCGAGAAAAACCUGGCUCCAUCCUGUUGACACACGCCGUUCAGAUACGCAUACAGCGUACGCACAGACCUGGAGACAGACUGCGUUCCCGCUGCGCGGCAGCACCCCGGGGACCCUCCCCAGUCCUGCCCCCACACACGGGCCCUGCCUCAUGGCGCCCGAGCCCGCACCGCGCUGGGCGGAGCCGCCGCAGCCCCGCCCCGCGUUCCUCGCGGGCGCAGCGGGUGCCGAGCGCUGCCGCCCCGGCCGCUCUCGCCCCGCCUCGCCGCUCACGGUAAGCGGCGGCCGCGCAGGGGAGGCCGCGGGCGGGGUGGGGCGGCGGGGCCUUCUGUGUGCGGCUGCGCCGGGGCGCUCAGGCCGGGCCCGUGGGCUGGCGGCGACAGAGGGUGUACGCGUGUGCGGCGGCCCAGCCAGGAACGGCGGGCGGGCGGCGGCGUGGGACGUGGCUGGUAAGGCCCUGGGAGAGUGCGAGGCGAGGGGCGCAGGCAGAGCCCGCAGGGGCACCGGGGGAGGGACGGAGGAAGGGGGAGCUCUUGGCGGGGGUAGCGCUGCCCCGCAGCGGGGCGGGCGGCCCCUGGCCCCUCCUCUGCGGCGGAGCCGGGCGGGCGGCAGCGCCCGGCGGCCCCGGUAG